AUGCCAACUAGCAUUUACGGAGCCAAAAGGUGUAGGAGAGCCAGCCAGUCCAAUGAUCCGGUGGAUAUCGAUCGAGUUGCUAUUAGAACCACCUUGAAUCUUCUACCCAACACCAAAUUCUCCAAGGAUUUAAAAGACCCAUAUGAGGAGAAAUUGGGUGGAUUUAUAGAGAUAAAUAUUGGGGGAGAGAGCAUCGUCUUUGUUCAAAGCGAAGGCAGGAGAGCAUCGAGAGAGCAGCGGCAAAAGAGCAUCGUCUUUGGUCAAAGAGAGAGGUCGGUUUUGUUGUCUAUUGAGGGGAAAUUGGAUGUGCAGAGGGAUAAAUUGAUGAGCAAAAAGGAGGGGUUUUUGCCAAAUAUGGAGUUUGAACAAGACCCUGAGUCAUUAGCAAGUGAGCUUGCUGCUAGGAUGAAUGCAAUGAGCAACGCUACUGAUAACGCAAUUGAUUUGGAGAAGACUCUUUCGAAUGCUUAUAAUCGCCAACGACAGUCUAAGAUUACUGGUGAAAUACUCGAGAUUGUUGCUGGAGUUGAAGUAUUUUUGUAG